CUAUGGGGAUAUUUAGCUGACAUAAAAAGCAAAAAAAUGACCACUAUUGCAUCUGCCACAACUUUGUCCUUUGCUACGCUGGCUUUUGGAUUUAGCUCACACUUCAAUUGGGCGUUAAUAGCGCGACUGUUACAAGGUUGCUUCAUGGGAAUUAAUGUGGUAAUCAAGGCUUUCAUGGCUGACAUUUGUGAUGACACUAAUCAAGGAUUUGGAAUGACAUUAUUGAUGUGUUCUUAUUCCACUGGACUCAUCCUUGGACCAAGCAUUGGAGCAUUUUUAGCAUUUCCUGCACUUCAGUAUCCAAAAUUGUUUUCAAAAGAAUCUUUCUUUGGUCGCUUUGCUAUUCUUCUUCCUCACAUUUUUGUAGUGGUUUGUUUUAUCGUUGUCAUUCCUAUGGCAGUUUACAUCUUACCAGAUGAUAAGAGCAAACAAAAUAAAACUGCUCGCAAACAAAGCGUGGACCUUACUGAAAAGAUUAAAGAAAUUUCCCAAGAUAAUGGAUGUGAUUUAAAAGAUGCGGACGAACAUUAUUAUACAACUUCUUUCACUGAAAACGAGCAGAUUUUGAACAGAAAAAGCAAGAAGAAGCAAUACCUGUCUAUAAAUACAUUAGAACACAGCACAGAAGAAAACAAUUGCUACAAUGGCACUCUUUUAAGGGAAUCAAAGCUGGUGAAGUGUAUUCAAAAACCUUGUCUUCUGUCUUGUCUACUGUAUGGAUCUUACGCAAUAAUUGCCAUUGGUUAUGAUGAACUUUUUCCAAUAUUUGCAGCAACAUCGAAAAAAUACGGAGGUUUCGCGUUUACUACUUCAAAUAUUGGUGUGUCUUUACUUGUUGUUGCAGCAGUCAGCGUUGUUUUGGAAAUACCUUUAGCGACCAAACUAAUUGCAAAGUACGGUGCAAAGAGGGUCUUCAUUGCAUGUACAAUGCUGCAGUCAUUUCUGUUUCCAAUGCAUGUAGUAUUAACACAAAUUUCCAACACGACUUUAUUUUGGUUUUUGCUGAUUUUUACUCUAAUCGUUACACGUUUAUGCAUUGAAGGAUCAUUAAUAACUGUUGCUGUAUUUUUAAACAAUUCUGUGGAAGCUGAACUACUUGGAACAGCAAAUGGUAUAGGCAUGACUGUCUCAGCGGUGGGAAGAAUGAUUGCUCCAUCGUUAUUUGGAACUUUAUUUUCUUGGUCGUUAAAAAACGUUACGAAUAUCGAAGAAAACAAACAUCCAUUUGGUUUUCCGUUCAACCAAUAUUUUGUGUUUUACCUUAUGUCUUUUAUUGGAAUACUUAACGCUGUGUUUGUUGGGUCAUUCCCAGAUAGCAUAAAUUAUAAGAAAAAACUUUAGCUGCCCCAGUGGCUAUUUAUUGCUUGUAGCUAGCAGUAACGGUAUGUGUUAAUACGUCUUACUGUAAACUCAUUACCACAAUCUUCUAAGUCUUUCCAAAGGCGCAUAUUUUUUUUUCAGCUCUAUUUGUUUGUCUGCUCGAGAAUCUAAAUUUUGUGAAAGGACGCACUAUGUAGCAAAUGUGGUAUUUUUUACUGACUUUAUUAUGAUAAGGACGAGGGCCAUACACUGAAAAUUGUUGAGUUGAGACGUUGCAAAGUUUUUUUAUUUAAAAAUAAUUCUUUUUUAUUUAGGAAUAAUAUUCUUUUAUAAGUACCUUUGACCUUCUCACAAAUCCAAAGUAAAUUUAUCUUAGCUAUAUCACUAAA